AUGCCGAAAUCAAAAGAUACUAAACAAUUCAUUGCAAGGCUCCAGUUAUUGGUAACCAAACUUAAUCGUUUUAAAGAAUUCAUAAAUGCCAUCGAUUUAACAAAUUUCAGUGAAUUGGCCUUUGAAACUUUACAGGCUAGAUUAGAACAAAUAAAAUCAUCAGUUAGUGAAUACACAGAUACAUAUUUGCAAGUAGACUCUGAUCAUUUAACCAGGGAUGAUAUCUUAUCUUGCGAAGAAUUUGAGGAAGUGUAUUGCGACUUGAUUGCCCAAGCGGCUAUUCUCUCUAAACGUAAAAGUAACUUAAAAACAAGUGUAUCUGAUUCUUCCUUAAAUCCUUCCGCACGUUCUCCAGAAGGAAACAAUGUAAAGUUGCCAAUUUUAAACAUUCCCAACUUUUCUGGAAAUUAUGUAGAGUGGUCCAGUUUUUACGAGACAUUUAUCGCACUAAUAGAUAAAAAUUCAAAAUUAUCUGAUGUGGAAAAAUUUUAUUAUCUCCAGAAUGCAUUAAAAGGUGUUGCAAAAGAGCUCACUAACGAUUUGUCGCCUACAGGCAGUAAUUAUAAAAUUGCUUUAGAAAUGCUGAAUGAUAGAUUUAACAAUGAAAAGUUGAUAAUAUUUUCCCAUCUGGAAUCAAUCCUCGAAAGUAAUAAAAUCUCUAGAGAAUCGGCCUCUGAACUUCGUAAAUUGCAGGAUAAUGUAACUCGACAUUUGAGAGCCCUAGACAAUUGUAAUAUAUCAGAUGAAAAAUUUAAGGCUGCGGUUUUAGCAUACAUUAUCAAAUCCAAAGUUGACGUAAAUACUGCAACUGCUUACAGUAAGUUUAAGGUAAAGCAGAUCCCGUCUGUACAAGAAUCAUUAUCAUUUCUUUCCUCUAGAUGUGAAAUACUAGAGGAUGUUGCUUCAAACAGCUUCAAAAAUCCUAUUGUUAAACAAACUAAAAUUUUAGCAAAACCCGAACUUAGCAAACAAUCUUUUCACGUAGCUACUACUCACACUUGCCUGUUGUGCAAAGGAAAUCAUUUAUUAUAUGUUUGUCCAACAUUCUUAUCAUUUCCCGUUCAAAAAAGGGUAGAAACCGCAAGCAAAAUACAAGUCUGUAAAAACUGUUUAAAACACAGUAGCAAGUAUAAAUGCAAUUCCAGAUAUAAAUGCAAGCACUGUCAAAGGCCUCACAAUAGCAUUUUAUGCUUAUCUAAUUCUGCGACAUCGCCAUCUGAAAUUCCUAGCGAACUCGUUUUAAAUAAUUCAGUGCCUAGUACCUCAGUUACGCCAGAACUGACAUCAUUAGUUUGUACAGACUCAGACCAGGUGUUACUUUCGACAGCAAUAAUUCAGGUAUUGAGCAAACAAAACAAAUGGGUUAGGGCAAGAUGUAUUUUAGAUUCAGGUUCCCAAGUUAGUUUCAUUACUAAAAAUCUCUGCACCAAAUUAGGUUUCAAACCAAAUCCUUCCAACACUUCCAUUAUAGGAAUCAAUGGCAAUAAGUCUUCAGCUAGCGGAAUAAUUGAUAUUAAGCUUUCAUCCGUCGUUAACGAUUUUCAAACUGAUCUAUCGUGUUUGGUGACUCCUCAUAUAACUCAAAACUUACCGUCAACUAACGUGCAUAGAGAAAAUAUCUCUAUUCCUAGUGCUACAAACUUCUACAAUCUCCUUUGCAUUGGACAGAUUUCCUUAGGGAAAAACAAACCAACUCUUCAAAAAACAUUAUUUGGCUGGGUAGUUUCAGGUAGGGUCUGUUCGGCACCCUCCGUAACACAACCGCAAAUUUCAUUAGAUGUUUGUAACAACCUUGCUAUAGAGCAACGUGACAAUCAUAAUUCUUUGCAAAAAUCUCUUUCUUUAUUUUGGGAAAUAGAGGAUGUGCAUCCUAAGAACAAGUUAUCUCUAUUAUCAAAUGAGGAGCAAUUCUGUGAGAACCAUUUUGCAAGCACAGUUUCUCGAAAUACAAACGGAACUCUUACCGUUUCAAUACCCUUCAAUUCCAAUUUACGUCUUUUAGGUCUCUCAAAGCAGGUAGCUGUGGAACGAUUUCAAAAUUUGGAGAAAAGAUUUACGAAGAACCCCGAAUUUUACAGAGCAUACUCUGAGUUCAUUCACGAGUACAUUAGAUUAGGUCACGCCACAAAAACCGAUUCAACAAAUUUAGGCUCUUGUAUAUUGACCACAGUUUCCACUUUAGAUGGGGAAGUAAAUCUCUCAAGUAUUCCUUAUUUCUAUCUACCUCACCAUGCUGUUCAUAAGGCAGACUCCCUAACCACAAAAAUUAGGGUUGUUUUUGAUGGGAGUGCCAAAUCCACUUCAAAACUCUCCAUAAACGAUACCCAAAUAGUGGGUCCCGUGCUGCAGGAAGACCUAUUUUCCAUAUUGCUACGAUUUCGUCAGCAUAAGGUUGCCUUAACCGGCGAUUGUGAGAAAAUGUACCGUAUGAUUCAAAUACACCCCUCUUUGAGGAAACUGCAGUGCAUAGUGUGGAGAGACGAUCCUAGUCAUCCACUUGAUACAUAUCAAUUAAACACAAUUACAUACGGCACAGCUUCCGCUAGUUACUUAGCAACGAAGUGUUUACAGUAUUUAGCCGAUCAAAAUAGUGAACGUUUCCCUAAAGCAGCAGAAGUCAUUAAAUCUUGCUUUUAUAUGGAUGACCUACUUUUUACAGCCAACACCGUAGAGGAAGUUUUACAAAUAAAAACUGAAAUAAUCGAAAUACUACGAUCCGCUAAUAUUCCUAUACGAAAAUUUCUCUCUAAUCAUCCAUCGGUCAUGCAAAAUACCACAGAUUCAAAUAUUUCUCUAUUCACUGUUCCAUUAGGUGAGCGUACGAACGCAAAGGCCCUUGGCUUAGCUUGGAAUGCCAUUACAGAUACAAUUUACUACAAUGUACGUGUGCAGUUUAGCCCUUCAGUAUCAAAACGAUCCAUUUUAUCAAUGGUGUCUCAGCUGUUUGAUCCAUUGGGAUUAUUGUCUCCUAUCUUAAUAGUUGGAAAAAUUAUGAUUCAAAAACUGUGGGAGCUGAAGGUUUCCUGGGAUGAGUCAGUUCCAUCCUCCAUCCACGAACAGUGGAACAAUUACAGGCAGCAACUUUCGCUUCUCUCCUCGCUACAAGUGCCCAGGUGUGUAAUUCCACUUUCAGAUUAUUCCUUACAAUUGCAUGGCUUCUCAGACAGUAGCAGUGUUGCUUAUGGAGCAUGCGUGUAUGUUAGGUGCGAAAAUUCAGAGAACCAAGUUUCCACAUUAUUACUGUGUUCCAAAUCACGUGUUGCACCAUUGCACACCACAACUAUUCCCAGAUUAGAACUCUGCGCUGCCGUACUACUAGCACAACUGAUGCAUAAAGUCAAAACGGCAUUGAAGGUUGAUGACCAUUCAAUUUUUCUUUGGUCAGAUUCUAGUAUCGUUCUCAAUUGGUUAAACUCGCCUCCAAACAGAUAUAAAACCUUUGUGGCCAACCGAAUUGCCACUAUUCAAGAAAUGUAUCCACCUAUACACUGGUAUCAUGUAGCAUCGGAAAAAAAUCCCGCGGAUCACAUAUCUAGAGGCAUGAAUUCGUCAGAAAUUAUAGCAAACUCCUUGUGGUGGUACGGCCCUAACUUUUUAUCAGAUAAAAACCAAUUUUGGAGAGAUCGUAACUUUGCAGUCUCUAUAGAGAAAACGGAAUUAAAGCCAGUGUCUUCACUAGCAGUUCAAGUAAGCGACUCUGCUGAACAAUCCUACGAAUUAUUUAGACGAUUUUCAAGCUUCAAUAAGUUACAAAGGGUUCUUGCGUACAUGCUAAGAUUUUUAUCAAAUUGUAGGCAGAUCCGUAGCGGUAAUAUCGGUCCGUUAACGACCAAGGAGUUACAAAGUGCAGAAAUUACUUUAACUAAGCUCUGUCAAAAAUUCUCAUUUUCAGAAGAAAUCAAACAGUUGAGUUCCAAAAGGCCAUUAAACUCAACUUCAUCCCUUCUAAAUUUAAAUCCGUUCCUUGACGAAACCCUAAUCCUGAGAGUAGGGGGACGUCUUAGUAAUGCCGAGUUUGCAUAUGAUAAGAAGUAUCCAAUACUAUUACCCAAGUCCCACGUACUCACCGACCUGAUUAUUAUGUAUUAUCAUGAAAAGCUGCUGCAUUGCGGACCCCAGCAAUUAUUAUCCUGUUUGCGUGAACGUUAUUGGCCAAUUUCUGGAAAAUCUACAGUAAAAAGAGUUAUCAAAAGGUGCGUUAAAUGUUUUCGGGCGAAACCGGUGUAUAGUAACCCCUUAAUGGGAGAUUUGCCAUUGAAACGUAUACAGCCCAACACACCCGCCUUUUACAAUACUGGUGUAGAUUAUGCUGGACCAAUUCUCAUAAAGAACAAAAAGGGUCGGGGUUCAAGGCUAAUGAAAUCUUAUAUCUGUAUAUUCAUAUGUUUAGUAACCCAUGCAAUUCACUUGGAACUUGUUACGGAUCUUACGGCUGAUUGUUUUAUCACCGCUCUUAAGCGUUUCAUCUCUCGUAGAGGCAAGCCACUGACUAUCUCCAGUGACAAUGCAAAAAAUUUCAUAGGUGCAAAAAACCAAUUACGAGAGCUUUACAGUGAAUUAAAUCGUUCAGAAGUGCAGCAAAAAAUUAGCAAUUAUCUCGCCCACGAAAACAUUAAAUGGCAUUUUAUCAUACCGCGAGCCCCGCACCAAGGCGGCAUGUGGGAGAGUGGUGUGAAAUCCACAAAAAUGCAUCUCAAAAAGGUAUUGGGCAACACUCACUUAACUUAUGAGGAUUUCUCUACCGUACUCAUUCAGAUAGAAGCUGUCUUAAAUUCAAGACCGCUGUCCUCUUUAUCCUCUGAUCCUUCGGAUUUAAAUCCUUUAACGCCUGCACAUUUCCUAAUUGGGCGACCCAUGUGUGCUUUGCCGGAACCGAACCUUGCAGCAAUUAAGGAGAACAGACUAUCAAUCUACCAACGAGCGCAGCAGAUUAUGCAGCAUUUCUGGAAGCGCUGGAGCAGAGAAGUUGUUCCUGAUCUUCAAAGACGAACCAAGUGGUUUCAAAAUUACCCCAACGCGUUACAACCAGGCUCCUUAGUGUUAAUUCGAGAGGACAAUCUUCCCCCGUUGAACUGGCUGAUGGGUCGUGUCGAAACUCUGCAUCCUGGACGAGAUGGCGUUGUGCGAUCGUGUACAGUUAAACUUGCAAGUGGUGCGUGUGCUAAGAGAUCAGUGAACAGGCUGUGUGCAUUUCCCAUAUAA